ACCAGAGAAGAAGAAAGUGCGGAAGUAGUGUUAAAAAACUAGCAACUUUAAACUGUGUAAAUCUUGUUUGUUAGUGUUGAUUUAUUUUUUGUAAUAUAUAAAAUGUGUACGGGUUGUGUGCAGAAAGAGUAUCCCGACAGGGGAAACACGUGCCUGGAUGACGGCUCGUAUUUGAUGAACUUUGUCGGCUGUGCUAACUGUCAGCAGCGAGACUUUGUCCUCAUCAGCAACAAGACGCUGGUGGAUGAAGACGAGGAGGAGAUAGUCACUUACCUCCACAAGUGCAAGAACUGUGACCAUGUCAUAGCCAGACAUGAGUACACCUUCUCCGUGGUGGAUGACUAUCAGGAAUACACCAUGUUGUGUAUGCUGUGUGGGAAGGCGGAAGAUUCCAUCAGCGUGAUGCCUGACGAUCCCAGACAGUCCGGCCCACUCUUCUAAACGCAUGACUCGGGACGUUGCGUCAGUCUUAAAUAACAGGUUCCACUUACAUUGACUGACUAUAAUCCUGUUCGUGUCCUGGAGAACCUUCUUUCCGAAGAUGAAUUGCAUCGACUGAAACAAACAGCUCUGUUUUCAGGCUUUCUGUCCUUCAUGAACUUACCAUAAGCUUUAACGGUAUUAAUAAGAUAUGAAGAGUUUAAAGAAAAUGUGUAAAUAAUAAACACCUGUAUGUUUUAGAAUAAAAUCUCCAGUUUUCAGCAUUCUUGCUUGUUCAGUGCAUACUGUAAACUUUUUAUUCAAACUUUUUUUUUUUGUAUGCUUUGUCUAAAUAAAAUAAAAUCCUCACAUCCUCA